AUUAGUUUAAAUCCCUAGAUAAUUGUACAUGGUUUCGUUAUUAGUAAAUACCCAUGUUUUUGUCACAACAUUGUAAAGUUGGGGCCAGAUUCCUAUCUUUUCAUAGAUCAUUUGUUACAUUAGGAUACGCUUUCAAUUGUUUAUCUGUAAAUGACAACAUCCUUCACGCCUUAACCUCAAAGAAUCAUUUUUCUUCGUUUGCUUCUAAUAAAAUGAACCUUAAAAAUAAAAUUGUUGUUAAAAAUCCGGUCGUUGAAAUCGACGGUGAUGAAAUGACCCGAAUCAUGUGGGAUAAAGUUAAGAACAAAUUGAUUUUUCCACACCUUGAUUUGGAUUUGAAGUACUUUGACUUGUCAAUACAACAGAGGGAUUCUACUGAUGACAAGGUUACUUUGGAUGCUGCGGCUGCAAUUCAGAAAUAUGGAGUUGGAGUUAAGUGUGCAACAAUUACACCUGACGAGGCCAGACUAAAGGAGUUUAACUUGAAGCGAAUGUACAAAUCACCAAAUGGAACGAUAAGGAAUAUUCUGGACGGGACUGUUUUCAGGGUCCCAAUAAUUACAAAAUCAGUUCCACUGCUGGUUCCAGGAUGGAAGAAGCCUAUAGUAAUAGGAAGGCACGCAUUUGGAGACCAGUACAACUGCCAGGACUUUGUUGUGACAGAGCCUGGGAAGUUGGAGCUUCGUUUCACUCCAGAAGGUGGAGAACCAAAGAAUGUAGUUGUUCAUGAGUUUAAAGGUCCUGGGGUUGCUAUUGGAAUGUUUAACCUGGACAAGUCAAUACUGGGAUUUGCAAGGGCUUCAUUUAACUACGCUUUAAGCCAAAACUUGCCCUUGUACUUUUCAACUAAGAAUACUAUCCUUAAGUACUACGACGGCAGGUUUAAGGACCUGUUUCAGAAGGUGUACGACGAGGAAUUCAAGGCCAAGUUCGAGGAAAAGGGUUUAACUUAUCAGCACAGGCUAAUUGACGAUAUGGUAGCCUUUGCGCUAAAGUCAGAAGGUGGUUUUGUUUGGGCCUGCAAAAAUUACGAUGGUGAUGUUCAGUCUGAUAUCGUAGCUCAAGCGUACGGUUCUCUCGGCUUAAUGUCUUCUGUUCUCUUUUCUUCUGAUGGUAAAUGCUUCUUAUCUGAAGCCGCUCACGGCACAGUCACUCGCCAUUACAGACAAUACCAAAAGGGAGUGGUUACUAGCACUAAUCCUGUUGCAAUUAUCGUAGCAUGGGCUAAGGCUCUUGAGAGGAGAGGAAAGCUUGACGCAAAUCAAGAACUAGUUCAAUUUGCUCAAAAACUCGAAAGGUCUUGUGUUGAAGCCAUCGACGCUGGUUUCAUGACCAAGGACCUCGCGCUCGCCAGAAACCCUAAAGCCACUGAAAACGAUUACCUGAACACUGAUCAGUACAUUGACAAAGUUCUAGAAUUUUUACACUCCUGAUUCUCUUUCCUAAUAUCAUUCAGUAUAUAUACA